GCUAUAUUUGGGCAUCAAACAGCGAAAAUUUCAGCUGUAUCGUCAGUCUGGAUCAUCAAUGGCUGCAGUGAGACGCAGGAAAUCUCCCAAAACGGAUGCAGUAGAACAUGCUGCCAAGGCCCUGGACAAGACAGCAGAGUUGGAAGUGAAAUACAUAAACUCUUUUAAAGGUCGAGGGGUGUUUGCCAAGGCACAUUUCCAUAAAGGAGACUUUGUGGUGGAGUACAGAGGAGAACUGAUAAAUUCUGAAGAAUCUCAACGGAGGAGGAGGACAUAUCAUGUUAAAUGUACAGUCUUCAUGUUUGACUUCCACUGGCAAGAAAGAACAUGGUGUAUUGAUGCAGCUCGAGAAGAUGGCAGUCUGGGAAGACUUGUCAAUGAUGACCACAACCAUCCAAACUGCAAGAUGAAGAAGGUCAUAUCAGAAGGCAAACCACACCUGUGUCUCUUUGCUCUGCGGGACAUUAAUGUUGGAGAAGAAAUAACCUAUGACUAUGGAGGAACUGACUGGCCUUGGAGGAAAAAGGUUGGAGGACCAUUGACUGUCACUGAGUCUUCUCAUGCUGACAUCUCCAGAACCAAAGACCAGGAUCCUGAUAGAUCUACUUGCUCCCAGAACCAGGUAUUAAUAUUUGUCUGA